GAAUAGCGCAUUUAGAAGCAGAACAAGGAAUAUCAGACUGGUACUUAGAGGUUAUACCGAGCACCUUCACCACUACUGAACCACCCUUGUACACGCUUACACGGACAUAAUUGGAGACCAGGUGUUGACUACACCACCCCCUAAACUACAUCCAGUAGACACGCGUUUCUACAGACCACGCAGAUACAAAACCCACUGAGACGUUUUCUCAAAAAUGGAGGAGUGCGUACUGUACGGUAACUCAACAAGUAAUGAAGGAGAAGGGUGCUGGAACCUUGCUGAUUCUAGAUACUGGCCCGAUAUCAAGGACAAGCGUUCUAUCCAGUCUCUGGAAAUAUUUUUCAUCAUCCUUUACGCGAUUGUGCUUACUACUGGAUUAAUUGCGAACAGCCUGACACUAGCGGUGUUCUGUCAGCUGAAAGCGAAGCUGCUCUGGAACAACAACAACCUUCUGAUCCUUCUUAAUCUGUGUGUUUGUGAUAACAUCAUAGUGUUCUUCGUGGCUCCCUUCACUCUGAUACUCCUGAUGUCUGAUAGAGUCUUCCACGCUACUCUCUAUCAGCAGGAUAACGACACAGGGACGGUGAUAGCUUGUAACACUAUAGGUUUCCUCUUCAACUACUGUUCCAGGGCCAUUCUGCUCUUUCUGGCUGUUGGGGCUAUGGACAGAUUCGUUGCCAUCUUCAUACCUUUCAAGUACAAGGCCAUCGUGACUCCAAUACGAGUUAAGGUUUCUCUGGCACUGUGCCACGUGAUAAGCUUGCUCGUUACAGUUGUACCUUUCAUGAAAAAUGCACGGUACACCCUGGAUAUGGACUACGCAGCCUGCCAUUACAACUUCGAGGAUAUCACGAAGCCGGAAUGCAAUGGGGGAGACUGCAAUGAUAUGCUCGCUCAAAACGAGACUCCUUACGUCUCCAACCCCGAAUCUGUGGGAACAGCGUACUUCUUCCUUGUCUUCCUCGUAGUGAUUGUACCCGGCCUCCUCAUGGUCCUCACUUCUGUGGCUGUUGUGUAUCGGCUGACUUCUCGGCUACGGGAAAAGGAGGCUGAGAAGAAGAGUGCUGAGAGAGGGAACCUGCUGAGGAAGAAAGAUACAGAUAACAAACGUGUCCAGAAAGUGGACCCUCAGGAACAAGCAGCUAUUACCAUCUCCUACCUCGUUCUCUUGUACAUUGUUUGCUAUUUACCAUGGUGGGUGCUGACAUUUGAGACGUUUAUGGAGUACACAGGUUCUGUGGGGUACAGGUCUAUGGUGGGGGGCGUGUCUCCCUCCUUCGCUCACUACUUCUUCCUCUACCUCACCAUUACCACACUGCUCAGCAGCUCGCUGAACCCUCUGAUCUACUUUGGGAGGAACAGGAUUCUGAUGGACAAGUUGGAGGAUAUUAUCAAGUACAAGGAGUCCAUGGCCAAACCUUCGCUAAGGUCCACCAUCAGUGCGCCUGUCAUGUCUAUUCAAACCUUCUAGAAUCUUCUAGAAUCGUUCACUUACAUUCUGCACAUUCAGCAAACUCUCAUAACAUUGUUCAAAUUUUCCUGUUUCAUGAAUGACUAUUGAAAAAUGAAGAUUUCGAAAGAAGCUUCCCUUAGACUUUGGGCUACAAUCAAAGAUUAUCGACUUUUUGUCUGCACUCUGCCCCUCAAGACAAUUCAAAAAGCAAACUGUUUCUCAGUCCUCAGAGCCUGACAUUUUAAAGAUAUGAUUAUCUUGUAUCGAAGAUUAUCCGUUACCAAAACCCUGUUGUCGAACUAACUUUAAAAGACUUAAGAGGUGACACUAGUAGAGCUAGUUUUAAUAUAUCUGAAGAUAUGACUGGAUCAGACUACUCACUACCAAUGCUGUCUUGAUAAGGACCAAUUAUUCGUAAUGUAUUUAUUAUUUAUUAUUGCUUUAAUCAUUUUAGAUUUGCUGAUCUUUAGUAAAACUUAGAGGAAUCAUUUGAUCUGUUUUAAUUAUAAUACAGCUACCGUCUCUAUCGUUUUGUUUUUGUCUGUACAAUUUUUCUUUGAUAAUUAUUCAAAAAGAGGCCUCUGAUAAAGUGAAUACAAGAUAAGUGAUAACUCACGGGUGAAGUAUUUUUUGCUGAUCGGAAGCUCAAAUAAACAAAUGUUUCUUCGACUAUUGUAUUAUAUGAUCCCCUUCUUCACAUAGAUGAACAAAUUUUUUAAAUUCAAAUAGAUAAUUGUUAUCAUCAUGUAAAAAUGCAAACAUUUUUAUUGAAUUUUGUCGAA